CAAUGAUCCAUAUUGAAGCAUCGGUUUCUAAUGGAUGUCAAUUAUUUCGUUUGCACGCUGGGACAAGCAGCGGCCCUCAAAGGUGAAUCGAAGCCAUGGCGGACCAUUGGUGAAUUUCUCCGCUAUCAAUCGGAACACAAUGGACACAUCCCCGCCGUUGGAUUCCCAAUUCCGAAAUCACACAGCAACUCAUGGACAUACAGAAUUUUCACAUUCGAGGAGAUCGAGCGAGGAGCACGAACCGUCGCCAGCAGACUUCUAGAAGCUAGCGGUGCAGCCGUGAAAUGUCCGCAAACGAUCGCGCUACUGGCAGACAGUUCCCCAGAGUUCCUAUUCACAUGGCUAGCACUGAUUGUUCUCGGACAUUCAGUCCUACUCAUUGCUCCACAGUGCCAAACACAGGCUGUUGUCCAUCUUUGCAAAGAGUGCAAGGUACGCCUACUGCUACAUGACGAUUCCCAUCAUACCCUUGCGGCUAGUGCAGAGGCAGCAUUCAAGGAUUUGACUGUGUUGCAAUUACCGUUCCAUGUUGAUGAGAGGCUCUUUGAAAAUGACCAAAGCAAGACAAAAAGAGAGCCAGGGUCUUCCACGCCAUUCUCCGACGAUACUGCUGUGGCCUAUCUUCACCACACUUCUGGAACUUCAUCCGGUCUCCCAAAACCAAUACCACAAACUCACCGUGGAGCAAUUGGUGUUCUACCUCAUCUGCCAAACAACAAGAAGUCCACCUUCACAACCACACCGCUGUAUCAUGGGGGUAUCGCCGAUUUGUUCAGAGCGUGGGCCAGUGACAGUCUCAUAUGGCUAUUUCCAGGACACGGAAUACCAAUUACCGCACGGAACGUCUGCCUCUGUUUAGAUGCUGCAAAUAAUUGUACUGCCAUGAAAAGAACAUCUCCUGUUGGUUACUUUUCAUCAGUUCCUUAUGUCCUUCAAAUGAUGGAGGGUGAUGAAGUCGGAUUGAAUCGCCUCAAGAGUAUGGAUAUCGUUGGGGUCGGAGGGGCUGCGCUUCCCAUUGAGAUUGGUGAUCGUUUGGUCAGUAAUGGAGUCAACCUGAUCUCGAGAUUUGGUAGUGCCGAGUGUGGCUUUCUUCUGUCCUCCUAUCGCGACUUCGCCAAAGACAAGGAUUGGCAGUAUCUGAGGAAUGCAAACCCGAAAGAGCUGUUAUCUUUCGUACCUCAGGAAGGCGAUCUGUUCGAGCUUGUCGUUAGACCAGGUUGGCCGCAUAUGGCCAAGAAGAAUCGACCUGAUGGUUCCUUUGCGACUGCAGAUCUAUUCGCACCUCACCCUACGGUCGAGUGUGCUUGGAUAUACCACUCACGCGCUGAUGCUCAACUAACUUUGAUCACUGGCAAAAAGUUCGACCCUGCACCACUGGAAGCCGCAAUUGCAACAUCUCAUCUUUUAGACGAUGUUCUAAUAUUUGGGAAUGGUCGGGCAUUUCCUGGUGCAUUGCUUCUGCGCUCCAAAGAGUCGGGAUCGCUCUCUGACAAUGAUCUGCUUGAAUGCCUGAAGCCCCACAUCAAUAGGUUGAACAAAGAAAGUCAAGCUCACGCUCAAAUUCCAUAUAACAUGCUCGUGUCCUUACCUCACCAGAGGCAGGGGCUGGAAAAAAGCAGUAAAGGAACAAUAAUACGUAAAGCAGCAGAAGAAAGAUUUCGACAAGACAUUGAGGCCGCAUAUGACAAACUUGAGUCCACUAAUCAAGUCACUGUAGCCGAUGAAGAUCUGCCCAAAUAUCUUGCAGGCAUGGUGCAAUCGAUUACAUCUUCUGAGUCGCCUCCUAAUCCAACAAAGGAUUUGUUCUCCUACGGCAUAGAUUCUGUCGCAUCCAUGCAGUUGCGAAGUCGACUUCGGUCGCUCAUUCCAAAGAGCAGCGAUAAUUUACCUCUCUCAAUUGUCGAAGACUGCGGUAGCAUUGAAAGAAUGUGCCAGUAUAUUAUCAAUAAACGAAGAGGGGCCGCCGGCACAGAAACGGAAGAUGAAGAGAGCUUGAUGCAAAGCCUUGUCCAAGAAUAUAGCAACUUUACCUUUGGGAACAUCGACGAGAACGAUCGACGACGACACGAAAAACAUAAUACCAAGACCGGCCAGGUUGUGUUGCUUACAGGAGCUACUGGUGCCUUGGGUGCGCAUAUACUGGGUUUGCUUCGCGCAAAAGACGACAUCAGUCAUAUAUACUGUCUUGUUCGAGGUGCAGACAGUCAUGCCGCUACUGAACGAGUCAACAAAGCUUUAGAACAGCGAGGAUUGAAAGUUCUCGAUGCAAAUGUCACGAAGACCAAGAAAGUCAUUAUUUUGUGCGCACAAUUGUGCAAAUCCGAUCUCGGUCUUCCACAGAAAGUGUACAAAGAAUUAGUGGCCGAGGUCGAUCUCAUAGUCCAUGUAGCCUGGACGGUCAACUUUCGAAUUAGACUGCGAAGUUUCGCGAAGGAUAAUAUUGGGGGACUAAGGAACCUCAUAGAACUUGCCUUGAGGCAUCCGGGAACUCCACCUCGCUUCCUAUACUGCUCCUCAACAGCAGCCGUCCUGAAUCAGAAGCCAGACCAAACUCGCGAAAUCCCGGAGCAGAUACUAAGCGACCCCAAGACUGCCUCACCAUUAGGCUAUUCCCGUUCGAAAUGGGUUGCGGAGCAGAUUUGUUUCAAUGCCCAUGCUCAUACAAAACUGAAAGAUCACAUAGCAGUCGUACGUGUAGGGCAGCUAUCCGGAGACUCCGAUCGUGGGAUAUGGAACACCCAAGAAGCCUGGCCGAUGAUGCUGAGUACGGCGAAAUUAACAGGAAGCUUGCCAGAUCUUCCUCAACAGCCACUUGAUUGGCUUCCGGUGGAUAUAGCUGCUCAGGCAUUGAUAGAAGCAGCUGGGGGCAUUGAUAAAAGGAAACAGAUGCAUGUCUUUCAUGUUCUUAACGAGCACCGCCAUCCGACAUGGACUGACAUGUUACAUUGGUUAAAGAAAAAAGAAGAGUUUGAAGUUUUACCACCUAGUCAAUGGGUUGAACGAUUGGAGCAAUAUGAAGGCACGCAUCAUCCUGCACUGAAGCUUCUGGGCCUAUGGAAACAAGCGUACUGUGGAAAAGCAAACGAGGAGCCCCAGAGACCCAAAUUCUCCCUGGCAGCCUCGAAAGCGUGCAUUCCGAUUUUGAGGGACGUCAAAUCCAUUGAUGAGGUUUACAUGCUGAAGAUCUGGCAGUGGAUACAAGAAAGCGUCUCGUAAAUGUAUUUGAAGGCAGUCAUU